UGUGGAUGUAAUUAAUGGACUAAUGGUGCUGUAAAAACUGUUUUUAAAGCCCUGGGGCCUCAGCCAGCUGAGCAUCCAACUCAAAGUUCACAGUUCCGGCACCAGUACAACACCACCAACCGGCAAAACCAAGGAGAUUAAAGGGGCUGCUGUGCUCUGCGCUCCGGCAGAGCAGAGGUGACAAGUGCCUUAUGUGUUUCUCUAAGCACCUGGCAAAAUUCGCCAUGCUUAUUCAACUGGCAUUGCUGCUCCUGUGCUAUGGAGUUGGAAACGUCCAUUGCGUUCACGAGAACAGCAAAGAUCUGCAGUCACUUCUCGAUUUCAAGCAGGGCGUCACCACCGAUCCUAACAGAGCCUUGAGUUCUUGGAACACCAGUGUCCAUUACUGUAGAUGGAGCGGAGUCAUGUGCACGCCUACGCGACCAUGGCGGGUAUCGGCGCUUAACCUCACUGGCAAAAGCUUGGCAGGAGAGAUAACCUCCUCUCUCAUCAAUCUGACGCUCCUUAGCCAGCUUGACUUGUCUUCUAAUAGCUUCUAUGGCCAGUUACCUCCUCUUGGUGGUCUCCAACUGCUGCAGACAAUUUAUUUGAACAACAAUUCACUAGACGGGACUAUUCCUGAUGCACUCACAAACUGCUCCAACCUAGUCAAUCUAGACCUCCACAGUAACAAGUUAUCCGGUGUUAUUCCGCCUAAAAUAGGGCUCCUUUCCAAUUUGGAUUUCUUGGACCUCUCCAGUAAUAAUCUCACUGGGGUCAUCCCUCCAACCUUUCCAAACCUCACCCGUCUGUCCUUUUGCAGACUUAGAUCAAAUCAACUGGAAGGAAGCAUUCCAGAUGGGCUUUGGCAAAUGUCAAAUAUGGGGCUGUUGCUCCUUGGUAAUAAUACCCUUUCAGGUGAGAUUCCACGAACAAUUAAUAUGUCUCGGCUCCAAGUGCUAGCUUUAGAUUUCAAUAGGCUUGGCAAGACUCUACCAUCCAAUUUUGGGGAUGUUGUUCCUCGUCUUACAAAGCUAGCAUUGGAUGCUAACAUGUUCGAAGGUCAUAUCCCAGCUUCCCUAGGCAAUGCUUCGUCGUUACAGUUGAUUGACUUAUCAGUAAACCAUUUCACGGGUCAAAUUCCUGCUUCUUUGGGAAAGCUUUCUAGCCUAAACUUUCUAAACCUUGAGUCAAACCAGCUGGAAACAUGGGAUAGCCAAAGCUGGGAGUUCUUGCAUGCAUUGAGUAACUGUAGGGAUCUACACAGGCUUUCGCUCUAUGAUAAUAGGCUGCAGGGAGUUAUACCAGAUUCCAUUGGUAAUCUAUCAGUCAGUCUUGAGCGUCUAUUAUUGGGUAGAAACUACCUAUCUGGUAUACUCCCGAAACCUCAGUAACUUAAUUAAACUGGGGCUAGGUGAUAAUAACUUGAGUGGCCCUGUUGGAGAAUGGAUUGGAAAUCUAAAAAAACUACAGGGCCUUUGUCUGUCUGCAAAUAGUUUUACUGGGCCAAUUCCACCCUCCAUUGGCAACCUUACUCAGUUGACACUGCUCUAUCUACAAAAUGAUGAAUUCGAAUCUCUCAUACCACAUAUAUAGCCUGGAAACCUAUCACAACUCUCUAUUUUGAACCUUAGCUACAACAACCUACAAGGUUAUAUACCUCUCGGGGUUGGUAACCUUAAACAACUAAUUCGACUACAGCAUGUUCACUUCAGCUUAUCAGCCGGCUUAUCAGCCACCGAACAGUAUUUUUCUCUCACAACAAAUCAGCCGUUUCAGCUUUUCAGCCGGCUUAUAAGUCCAGCCGAACAGUACAUCGAUUCAUUAAACAAGCUCACCGGGGGAAUUCCUGAUGGUUUAGGACAAUGUCAAAACUUAGCAACCAUGAAAAUGGACCAAAAUUUUCUUACAGGAGGUAUUCCAUAUGAUGGUUUUGUGUACCCAAAAACUUCUUUGAAGCAAUUUUUCAGUAAAUAUGAGAUGAUACUAGAGAACAGAUACAAGGAGUGGCAAGCAGAUGAAGAAUCCUCCCAUAGGACUCCAUUAACAGUAACGAAGUUCUACAUGGAAGAGCAGCUGGCCAAAGCCUACACAAUAAACAUGUUCAGAAAAUUCCAGGAUGAGUUGAAAGCCACAAUGUAUUGCGAUGGUAUGCCAAUUAAAGUUGAUGGUAGGCUUGUUACUUUCGAAGUAAAAGAAUGCUCGUACAUGUUCAGAAGAAUGCUUUUUAAUUGGGUGCUUAUUGAUUACACUAGUGAGUCUCCGGGGAGUACCGGGCGAGAGCACAACACUCGUCGACAUAUGCCCUUACUCCUUUUCUCUCUUCUCUAUUCUCCUUCAUGUAUACGAGCACAAUACUCGUCGAAGCUGCUUCCCAUUAUCACUCAAGGUGACAGUGACAGAUGCAAUCGUGACAGGGGAAGUCUUGGUGUAGUGCUACUCGCACGCCUCCACGGGGUUAAACGCCGCAGUGGUUGCAUCCAUGGAGGAGGCGAAGGUGGUGGCGAUAAGCAGGAGCGUGGUGCUAACCACGGUGGCCGUGGCCUCCGCGAUGCUACUGCCGCCGCCGGUGUUGCCCACGGCGGCGGCGGCGGCGGCAGCCGAGAAUGAUCCACGCGGCUGCACCAGGAGCUGCGGCAACAUCAGCAUCCCGUACCCGUUCGGAAUCGAGCCCGGCUGCUACCACGCCACCGGCUUCAACCUCACCUGCAGCCACCACCACUCCGACCACCACCGGCCGCCGAGGCUGUUCCUCGGCGACGGCACCGUGGAGGUGCUCGCGGUCUCCGUCCCCAACGCCACGGUGCGCAUCAACAGCGCCGUCGUCAAGUUCCCCGGCGGCGCCGCCGGCGCACGACACGGCACGUGGGGAGGCGCCCUUGGGGAGGGCGGGCCGUUCUACCUGGCGGAGAUGAGGAACAAGCUCGUGGCGAGCGGCUGCGACGCCCAGGUCCUCCUCACGGGGGACCCCGACCAGACCUUGAGCGCCUGCUCCGCGUUCUGCAACGAGGACCGGGACGGCGGUCUCGUCAUCUACGUCGCCGGCCACUGCUCCGGCGUCGGCUGCUUCCAGGCGGAGAUACUGACAUUGACGAGUGUGCACAUAUCUACCCAUGCUAUGGAAUUUGCAUAAAUAUGCCUGGAACUUUCCACUGCAUUUGUCCUAGUGGAACCUCUGGGGAUCCUCUGACUAAAGGAGGGUGCACCGCAAGCUUCCCAGGUGACUGCAUUCACUAUCUAAUCCUUGCUAAAUUGAGCAAGUUCUCUAAGUCCAAAAUCCUAAUGUUUGCGCUUAAAAAACAUUCUUCAUUUCUGGCGAUUGGGAUAGGAGUUGGUGGUAGCAUAAGUCUUUUGCUUUUGGCCAUUGCUACCCCAUUUAUAUUGCGUAAAAUCAAGGUACAAAAGGCUAGAAACAUGAAACAGAGAUUUUUCAAGCAAAAUCAUGGAGUGCUACUCCAGCAGUUAAUGUCACAAAAGGCAGACAUUGGUGGAAGGAUGAUUGUUUCCUUAGCGGAGCUUGAGAAGGCUACAAACAAUUUUGAUGCAUCUCAUAAAGUUGGUGGUGGAGGGCAUGGUGUUGUGUAUAAAGGACUUCUAGACCUACAAGUUGUGGCAAUCAAGAAAUCAAAGAUCAUAGUACAAAGAGAAAUUGAUGAAUUCAUAAAUGAGGUUGCAAUUCUUUCCCA